AUGAAUGGAAAAAACUUCAACACAAAUACAAAAAACACAGAAAUAAACAGAACUACAUUUCAAGACACUAAAAUUAUUGUAUCUUUUUUUAAAGACUGUCAAGACGUAUAUGAUGCAGGCCAUACUACCAGUGGGGUAUACACGAUUUGGCCUCUAGGCGCCUCGAGAGCUUUCCCGGUCGACUGCGAAAUGAAGAAUGGAAAUGGGUGGACUAUAAUACAGCGCCGGUACUCGGAAGGAUUUGGCGAAGUUUAUGGAGAAUUUUGGUUAGGAAAUGACAAUCUGUUUUAUCUCACCAAUGGAAAUGGUAAACAAUAUGAGUUACGUGUUGAUCUGACUGACUGGAGAGCUAAUAGCACACAGGCUAUUUACAGUGGUUUCCGUAUAGAGGACGCAUUCAACCGAUACCGACUGUGGUUAUCAUUUUAUGGUGGCGCUGCUGGUGAUUCUAUGAGUAUCAGCAAUGGGGCUCAGUUUUCAACUUUUGACAGUGAUAACGAUGACGUCAUCAACGCUGACUAUGGGAAGAGGUAUUCUGGUGGUUGGUGGUAUUCUAUGUGGUUUUCUGAUGAUCACACUGCCAAUCUAAAUGGAAAAUUCUAUGACAAUGGUGACUAUAACAUAAAGCAAAUAAUGUCAUAG